AUGUUUGGUAUUGUUGAUCUUGAUGAUGAGGAAGAUGAUGGUAGUGGUAUUUAUAAAGGUAUUCCUGUGAUUAAUACCGAUAACGAUGAAAUUAUUCAACUUGUUGUGGCUUAUCAUUUCUUAUUAUUACAAUGUAUUGCUCAAUAUAGUUCAAAAAACUUGAAAUCUAUCGUAACUAGAUCUGAUCCAUUUAUUGAUUUGAAAACUUUUCAAAACAUCCCAAGGUUAUUUUUGAAGUCGAGUAAUAUUAGAAGAUGGCAACUGUUGACUAAUAAAGAUGAUAAGAAAUUCAAUGGUAAUACAAUUAAAUUGCUUCAAGGAUUUAUAAGAUUAUUUGAAGGGAUUAAGACUCAUAAAUAUCAAAUACUAGCAAAUUGUUUAAAGAUAAAACUUGUGGAAUUUACUAAAGACAAAUCAUUGUUGAAAUCAAUUGGUGAAUGCUCUGAAUUAUUGCCAUUUAUAAAUGAUUCAGAUCCUGAGAUUUGUCAAUUGUUUACAAAACCAAAUGAUUCCUUACGUGUGAUGGAUAAUGAAUUACAUAUGAAAUUACUGAGAUCACCUCCUGAUCUAAUAAAUGAUGUUGAAUUUUUAAAAUCAUUGAAAUCAUUGUCAUUAUCUUAUAAUUCAUGCGGUGCAAUAAUUCAAUAUUUCAAUGAUUCCAAAGAUGAAAUUAAACAAUUACUGAAUUUGCAAUUAUCUAUUCUUGAUUCAAUAACUAUAUUUAUCAAAAAUUCAUUGUCUCAACAAAUGGUUCCUUUAUUAUCUCAACUGUUUAUUGUCUAUAAUCAUUUCAAACAGCUGAAAAGAAUGAGAAAUCUAUCUAAUUUAUUAUACAAUUUGGGGAAUAAAUUACAGAAUAAUGACUAUUGGAAUUUAUCAAUUGAGUAUGAAUGUGACAUUAUGGAUAUUUUACCUACUGAUGAUAAUUUCAAAUGUUUAUUUAGCAAAUUGGGUAAACCAGUGAUGAAAGAAUCAACAUUUGUUAAAUUUUUACAAGCAUUGGAGAAGUAUGAUAAAUUAGAUAAACUGAUUAUUCAAUUUAUCAGUAAGUCAUUAUUAACCAAUCCAGAGCUUCUGUUGAAUAAUAUAACUGAUGAAUUCAAAUGUGAAUUAGUCUUGGAGAUUUUCAAAACUUUGGAAAAGACUACCAACACAAUGCAAAAGACAUUAAUUUGCAAUUCAAUAAUUUCUAGUCUUGAAUGGACAAAUCAAGAAUUGGAAUGCAAAGUGCUAUAUUCUUAUUAUAAUAUAAAUGGGUUGGAUAAUUAUCUAGAUUUAGAUAUUAAAGAUUCAAAGAAUUCUUUACUUAUUUCUGGAUUUCAAUUUCAAAAGUUGGUUAAUUUUCAAUGGAACCAAGUUAUAUUCAAACAAUGUUUGGAUUAUUUUGAAUCAUGGUUGGCCAAUAGUAAUACAACUGAUAUUACUCCAUUUGAAUGGGAAAUUUCUAAACAGGUUUUAUUAUAUGUUAAGUUCAAUGGAGUUACUGGGUGGUUGGUUAGAAUUAUUGAAUUAUUUCUUGAAGUUAAGUCAACUAUCCCGAUUGAAUAUCAAUUUUUUUUAAAAUUUGAGUAUUGUAAUGGAUUAUUGAAAUUAUCUCAGGAAUCCAAAUUAUCGACUGUAUUGUUGGAAUUUAAUCAAGUUGCUAAAUCUUGGAAAUCAAUCAGUGACGUUUUGAAACUAAGUCUAUUACAAUUUGAUUAUUAUAUUCAAACAAACAAUCUUACUAAAUCAAAAGAAAGAUACACAGGCAUUUUAACCACAUUGAAAAGAAAACCAGAGUUUAAUAUGGCUACAUCAAGUGAGUUACCUUUAAUUCAAAAGUUUAAUAAUUUCUUAAUAAUUGGAAAAUUUCAAUUGUUAUCAAGUAAAUUGAAUCAAAAAUUGCAUAAACCAAUUGAUGCAUAUGUUAAUGUUAAGACAAGUAUUCAAAUAUUAUAUUCAAUUCUUAAGAAAUGUCCAAAUAAUGUAUUGAGAUCAUCAAGUCAAGAAUUAAUUUGGGAAAUUUAUCAAUUAUUAUCAGAUUCUUAUAAAUUUAUAAUUGAAUUAUCAAUUGAGUUGGGGAUUUCAAGAAAUAUCCCAUUUUAUUUACAUGAAUGGGAAAAAUUACUCGAUGGAGUUGAAAAUCCUAUUGUUAAUUGUAUUCACUAUACUGAUAUUGGAAAUUAUGGAUCAAGAAUGAAUUCUGAUGAGUUUGUUGAAUGUAUUCAAAAGGCUCAAGAAUGCUCACGUAUCAGUAAAGAGUAUCAUGAAAUGGACAAUGCCAACGGGUUUAAAGAUACUUUGAUUACUUGUAUGAAACAAGAACUUGCUAAUUGUAUAGAGGAUAUUUCUUCCAUUACAUCUUUACAUAACUUGACUGAUUCAGUACAAUUUCUUCCUGGAUUACUUGGAGAAAGCAAUGCACCAUGUCCAAAGGAAAUACUUGAUAGAUUAGUUGGUUUGAAAAAUCAAAUAAUUCAAGAAUUGUCUCAGUCAAAUUUACCAUUACCUAAGGGACAAAGACUUGUUUAUAUUCUUAAUCAAACAGUAUCUAUCUUGUCAUCAUUAGCAUCAUUUAAAGGUGGUGAUUUAUUAUCUGAACUUUAUUAUUUACAAGAUCAAAUUAAAAAUUAUCCAUUUGCUAAUGACUAUAAAAUCAUGAAAUAUUCUAAUAAGAAAGAUUUAUUACCAAUUAAUAUUCCAAAUGAUGUACAGAAAAAUAUGCUUGAUUUUAAUGUUGAUUUACUGGUUAAUUUACCUCGUAAUUGGAUUAUUGUCACAUUGGAUAUUUGUCAACAAACCGGUGAUUUAUUACUUUCAAAAAGAACUAAAGAUUCUAAUCCUGUUUUCAUUAGAUUACCUUUGAACAGAUUUAAGAAUGGUGUAUCGCCUAUGAAUUUUGAAACUAUGAAGAAAGAAUUGGAAAAUAUCAUUGAAGAAAGUAACUUGUCUACCAAAAAAGCCACCACUUCCAAGAUUAUAACUGUUGAAGAUAGAAAACAAUGGUGGAGAUCAAGAUUUACUUUAGAUUAUGAAUUACAGGAUAUUUUAAAUCAUGUUGAACAAUAUUGGAUUGGUGGAUUUGUUGGAAUCUUUGAAAAUUAUCAACAAGAUAAUGUAUUCCUUAAAUUUAAACAAGAUUUCAUUAAAAUUUUAAAAUCUUGUAUUUCAAAACAAGAUAAAUCAAUUGAGUUUAAUGAUGAAAUAAUUAAAUGUAUUUUUGCCAUGAAUGAAUAUAAUAGAGAAUCAAUUGAUGAUUUAGCACAAUAUUUAAUUAAUUCAUUGAAAUUCCAUGGCUAUUUAAUUGAUCAAUUCAAAUUUGAUAAAUUUCACGAAUUUAUGAAAUCAUUAAUCGAUAAAUAUAAAGGAUUAAAAUUUAAAUCAUCAUCAAAUCAACAUAUUGUUUUAAUACCAAGUUCCAAAUGUUUAUUCUUUCCAUGGGAAUCAUUAAAUUUUUUGAAAAAUAAAUCAAUUUCAAGAAUGCCAUCAGUUUCAAUGUUGAUUGAUAGAUUAAAUUCAUCAAAUGAUUUGAAAAUUGAUACUAGAGAAUUGUAUUAUUUAAUUAAUCCAUCAGGAGAUCUUAAAAGAACAGAAGAAAGAUUUCGAAAUUAUUUUAUCAAAAAUUCAUAUUGGAAAGGUAUUAUUGGUGAAAAACCAAAUGAAGAUAAAAUCAUUCAAGAUAUUUUAAAAAAUAAUUUAUUUAUUUAUAUUGGUCAUGGAGGUUGUGAUCAAUAUAUUAAAGUAAACAAUUUAUUUAAAUCAUGUAAUUCAAAUGAAAUUUCAUUACCACCAAGUUUAUUAUUAGGUUGUUCAUCAGGGAAAUUAGAAGAUAAUGGAGAAUUUGAACCCCUGGGGAAUAUAUUUAAUUGGUUAACUUGUAAAUCAUCAAUGAUUUUAGUUAACUUAUGGGAUGUUACAGAUAAAGAUAUUGAUAAAUUUACAAUUUCAUUAUUUGAAAAUUGGGGAUUAAUUGAAUCAACUAAUAAUAUUGAAAAAGGUCAAGAUUUUACAAAUUCAAUAAUUAAAAGUAGAUAUAAAUGUACUUUGAAAAAUUUAAAUGGUUCUGCUCCAAUUGUUUAUGGAUUACCUUUAAUAUUAAAUUAG